AAUACUUUUUUUGUGUGAGACCAACUGAUUUUUAAAACUUGUAUCAAAUGAGAUUAUACAUUUUUCUCUGUUUGAUGUGCUGGACAAACUAUGAGACUAAGAGACCAUGUCUUGAAUUCACUCAGUUAAGUGUAAAAGAUUCCCUCAAAGAUUUGUUUAUCUCAAGAAUGGAGAUUAUUUUGAUGAUGUACACAAGACGCAACAUAAACUGUGCAGAACCACUCUUUGAGCAAAAUAACUCACUUAACACACUUUUCAACACAAAAAAGAAAACGGUCUGGCUUAUCCAUGGAUAUAGACCAACGGGCUCUGCUCCAUCGUGGAUGCCAAACUUUCUAAGGCUUUUGUUGAAUAAAGAAGAUAUAAAUAUAAUUGUAGUCGACUGGAACCGCGGUGCCACGACUUUAAUUUACAAUAGAGCAGUUAAAAACACUCGAAAAGUUGCUCUAAGUUUGAGUGAGUAUAUUCACAAACUUUUGAACCAUGGGGCAUCUCUUGAUAAUUUUCACUUCAUAGGUAUGAGCUUAGGAGCUCAUAUUAGUGGAUUUGUUGGAAAGAUAUUUCAAGGUCGACUUGGAAGAAUAACAGGUCUUGACCCGGCUGGACCAAAAUUCUCUGGCAAACCCUCGUACAGCAGAUUAGAUUACACUGACGCAGAGUUUGUGGAUGUCAUUCAUUCUGACGCCAAUGGAUUAGGCAUUAGAGAGCCCUCAGGGCAUAUUGAUUUUUAUCCUAAUGGAGGAAAAAAACAACCUGGUUGUCCUACAUCAAUUUUUUCAGGGAUUGAAUUUUUAAAAUGCGACCACCAGAGGGCAGUUUACUUAUUCAUGGCAUCUUUGGAAACACACUGCAAUUUCAUUUCAUUCCCUUGUCCUUCAUACAAAGAUUACGAGGCUGGUUUAUGUGUGAACUGUGAUGACUUUAAGAAACUUUCAUGUCCUUUACUAGGUUAUCAUGCUGAUCAGUGGAAAAGUAUAUUAAAAGAAAGAAUAGAAAGAAAAUCUAUGAGGACCAAUAUGUAUUUGGAUACUUCUGGUGCAAAUCCUUUCUGCACCUACUAUUUCAUUCUUAAUAUACUUGUUCUGAAUAAAACAAUGCGGAAUGGCUAUUUUACAUUUAAAUUAUUAAAUGAGUUUGGGAUUUUUGAAGAACCAAGGCUUUAUGAGAAGAGUGAAUCGUCUUAUCAAGUUCAACAAGUCAAUAUUCUUGCUCAGUUUUAUAACGAUGUGGCAAAUAUUUCAAGCAUUAGUUUGACAUAUUUCCAGAGCUCAAAUCUGCAGUGUCCCACAUGCAAAUACAAGAUCCAGAGUCUUAUGUUAAGAUCACUUACAUAUCCGGAAAGACCACCACUUUGCAUGUAUAAUAUUGUACUUAAGGAAAGUGAGGAAGUAUUAAUCAAUCCAAGUGUUUGCAUAUAAAAGGAAACAUAAUUAAAAUGUUUUUCUCAUAAAAUGUAAUAACUGGAUUUGCUUGAAAAUGAAAUAAUUUG